GAGGAGACGGCACACCAACUAGGAGAGAAGAUCAGCAAACUGGUUGUACCGCUCUGACACCAGACAGGAAUUCCGUGAUGCGACCACAAAUGGAGCAAAUGAAUGUGACUGACAGCUUAGAGAGCAACUCGACUGACUGUCCGUCCAUCGAUGACUUCCGUAACCAGGUUUACUCCACAGCCUACUCUCUCAUCACCGUGUUAGGCCUGGUUGGGAACGGCCUCGCUCUGGUGGUGCUGUUCAGAACCUCUCGCCAGCGCUCACCCUUUCAAAUCUACAUGCUGAACCUGGCUGUGUCUGAUCUGCUGUGUGUCAUGACACUGCCACUGCGUGUUCUCUACUAUGUAAACAAGGGCCAGUGGAACCAGGGAGAUUUCCUCUGCCGUAUCAGCUCCUACGCCCUCUAUGUAAACCUCUACUGCAGUAUUUACUUCAUGGUUGUCAUGUCUGUGACACGUUUCCUGGCCAUUGUUUUCCCUGUGCAGAACAUGCAGCUAGUGACAGAGAACCGCGCUCGCCUGGUGUGCGCUGGUGUCUGGGUGUUUACUUGUCUUUCAUCUUCACCCUUCCUGAUGUCUGGCCAGCAUUUUGACCCCAGCACAAAUAAAACCAAGUGCUUUGAGCCUCCUGGAGGAGGGAGAGAUGUACGGAAACUAGUCAUACUGAACUAUUUGUCUCUGGUGAUUGGCUUUGUCCUGCCCUUCCUGGUCAUCCUUGUCUGCUACGCUGGCAUAGUCCGUGUUCUGCUGUCCCGUACUCCUUCUGCCCGACGGCAGCAGGGGACGGGCACCCGAGCCAUCCGAAUGAUUGUCAUCGUCCUGCUGACCUUCCUAAUCAGCUUCAUGCCAUACCACGUGCAACGCACCAUCCACCUGAGCUCCCUGUCCCGAAAUGACACCUGCUCAGAGAGGAUUGCCAUUCAGAAGUCUGUGGUGGUGACGCUGUGCCUGGCUGCUUCCAAUUCAUGUUUUGAUCCACUGCUUUAUUUUUUCUCUGGAGAGGGUUUCCGCAGUCGCAUGUCCUCCCUGCGGCAGUCGUUCUCGGGCAGCACCCAUCUCCGUGCAGCCAGGCCGAAGCUCCCCAGAGCCUCAGAGUCCGGGGACAACAACCAGCUGAAGGCCAGUUAAUACACAACACACAGGAGGGUAAUCAAAGCAGCUUCAGAUGUGUUUAAAGAGCUUUGAAUGGCUUGAGUCCUCAUUAACUAACAGGGAAGGAGUUGAUAGAAGAAUAUGAAGGUCAGAAAAAAGGUUCGACAAAUGAGGGUGAAAUUAAUAUUUAAACAUUUAACCUACA